CCUUUUAAACUGAAGAAGCAAAUCCACCGAGAAUAUAGGACAGGGCUGGUGAAGAUUUUCCCUCAAACAUCUGGGCAUCAGGAGUGGUAGGUGAAUAACCAGUUCGUUUAAACCUCUUGUUGCCGCCUAUCCCAUUUCUGUCAAGCAUUAGUAGGCAAACACAAGUAUAAAAGAAGAUAGCUGUCUUUUAGCGCCUCAUGGAACAAAAAUGUCUUCUAGAGAAGCUGGAAAACUGCAUUUGCAAAUUAGAAAGAGGAAGCUAAAAGUAUCUGAGGAAAUAAGUUACAAGAUGCAUCCCGUAAUCCUUGAUGUUUAUAAUUUUAACUUUAACUUAUAACGAAAUUUUGUCAAUAGGAGAUUGAAAAAAUUUGACUCCAAAAGAAUUUAUAGGAUUUGAACAUAUAACCUUACGGCACUUGUACAAUACUCAAGCCUACUGAACUUUGAAGUUUGAAGCCAAUGUCAUUACGAAUUCUUCGCUUUCCAAAAUUUUCAUCCAUCGCUUCAGUUAAUUCAUCUAAUUGUAUUUGCCGAUCUUUUUACUAGCGUAAAUAGUACCAGAAUGAUUGAAAUCGUCACAAUUGGAAACCUCCUCUUCCUGAGUAUACAGCUGCUGUUGUCUUGCAACGUGGUCAGUUCAAAGUCUUUUGAGUAAGUUCCUUUCAGUCGCAUUACCAAAAGCUAGUUGGGCAACAAUUAGAUCAGAUUACGAAGUAGAGAUAUGUUAGAACUGCAUAUAAAAGAAAACAACAAAAUUUGUUUAAAUUGAUCCAUUUUGAAGUAUCUUGAGAGUGCAGAAAACAGAUGUAACAGAAGAUUGAUACUUAUUAGCAUAUAAAGGGAUCGUAAGUAGUGUCAUACUGCGGAGAUCGCUUUCGUAUUCACGUCUUAAUCCUCAGCUCACAUAUAUGGUUUCCAAUAUUCACAGUCAUCCAUUCAUUACUCCAAGGGUUUAUGGCAAAUCAACAUAAUGAUCAGUUCCCACUUGGCUUGUUUGCUCAGUUGAUAGAGCACUGCACCGGUUUCGUCGAGGUAAUGGGUUCAAAUCCCGCACAGGCCUGAAUUUGUUUCAGGCCUUAUUUUCAAUACUGCUUCAGUUUCAUUACUGCGAAGAUCGCUUUUAUAUUCCUUUCUUAAUUAGCGGUUCACAUAUAUGAUCUUUAAAUAUUCACAGACGUGUAGAUCGUUAAGUUGUCUUUGGACAACUUUAUUUGUUCUCUCUUCCAGAGUAGGGUUUUGAUGGAAUGAUUGUAAUUCCAGGUGCUUUGAGGGAAACUGUGCUAUGACAGGCUCUUGCCGGUCGUCUCCCGGAGCUGGUUUCAGCCCUUUCUGCUGGAUAGCAUCCGACUCGUGGGGGCAUAAGCUAAAGUGUGGAACUAGAAGUGAUUGCAGAAGCGCUGCUCUUUCUUGGGGAAAUUGUGUCUUCCUUUCAUGUGCUUUUGAUCGCGGUAGUGGAAGAUCCUGUGACCGGAUGAACAGGGAGAAACUUGGAGAGCUGAAGAAAGAAUGUGGUAGCGAAGGUUUCAGUUUUGAUUCUUGGGCUAACAGGUACGAGAAAGCUCGUAAACUGUACGACAAGUUUAGCCCCUGCGUCGGUGAUGCCAUUGAGGAUGAAACCAAAAAGGUUAUAAAAUACUGUCACUGCUUCAACUCCUGUGGAAAAGAUCAGACUGAAGAUGGCACCUGCACAGUUCAAGGUUUGGAUAGGAGAUUGGAUAUGGAGUUGGACGUCAAAUCACCCUACACAGCGGUGUAAGUUUUUUAUUUUCUCUUUUUUAUCAGUAGCUUAACAAAACUGCAUUCUCUAAUUUUCCAUCAGUAGCUGUUCCAUCGUUUAGGUGACGUUUUGGGUUCCGUAAGCAUCAUGUAAAUCAUUACAUUAGUCACCAAUCCCUUGGAGGUGGGGCCAUAAACAUUUAGCUUUUGAUCAUUGAAUUCCUCUUUCUUCUUUUUCCUAAAAUAAAGAUGCGCCAUAGAUUGUGAACCGGAAGAAAAGGUAUGUUAAUUGUCUGUCUUCUUUACUCAGAGGUAAAAAUGAUCCUGACGAUCAACCAGAAAGAGACGUUUCUUCAUACUUCUCCUUAAAAUCAAUUAUCUGUGCCUUUCUCAAUUUGCAAGAUUCUACGCCUUGUUGGUUUGCCCCUGGCUCGCAUUAGGCUCACCAUUUACCAUGUUGUUGGUUGAAGUGUACUUGGCUGUACUGGCUCUUUUAUCCGCGCUCAAUUCAAAUAAUUUAUAACAAAUAAUCAAAAUCAAACAUAACAACUUCGAGUAAUUUUUUCCUUACAGGAUUGGAGUAAGACAAUUUGUCUCGGUAUUUACAAGCAUAAUAGAAAAACAUUCAAACUAUCGGGAGGGAAAUCUGGCCAAUACCCAAUCGGUUCUGCGAGUCUGCUGAAAUCACCCCUCUCCCACACGGUUUUCUUUAAAGAAAAACCAAACGUUAAGAAAUGUGCACAAAGCGUUUCAAAUUGAUAGGAGUUUGUCCUCUUUCUGAUCCUCCCUUGCGUCAUUCAAUUUUUCUUACAAUCUUUGGGCAUGGUAGUCAUGGGAGCAAAAAUAAAUAACAAGGCAAGGAAGAAGCACCAAAGAAUAUACAAUAAAAAUGCGAAUGAACGUAUAACCAUGUUUUUCCACAGCUUGUCUUCUUGCAGAAAGUGAUAAACAGGCAUCCCACUGAAAAAGCUACUAAAAAGGUCAUCAUAACGAAGGGAAUGUCUUCUUCCAAGUCUACGUCCAGUGGUGGAAGUGCAAGUGCAACUGUGUCAGGGGAAGUUGGAUUUAACGUGAUGAAACUUUUUGACGUAAAGAUCGGCGCAUCAGGAACAUUAGAGCAUAAUUGGAGUUUGUCUACUACUAGGACGGAAUUUCAGCAAGUGACCAGUGAAAUAUCCAUCGGUGUUAAGCCAGGAGACGAAGUAUCAGUGUUUCAGGUUGUUGGCGAGUGUAAAAACAGUGAUGGCACUGUUUACACAGUGAAAACACCCACUUAUGUUAUCAAAGGCAAAGAUGGCUCAUCCGAAACCAAGGAGGCAGAUUUCUCUGAGGCCGAAAAAAGGUUG